AUGGAGGGAAUGAAUGGAGGGCAAGGGCACGGGCAUGGCUAUGGACAUGGGCAUGGAGGAGUCCGACCGUCGCAGCCGUCCGCGCUGGCCUUCCCAGGAAUCGACAUCGACUCACAUAUGAUGUCCGACGACUUUACCUUCGGCUCCGCCUUCAGUCCGGCCAACUCGACGUCCAACUCCAACGCUCAAGACGGUAUGCUUUCGGACGCCAUCUUCCCGGAGUGGAAGACCGGUGCCCCGCGGGGUGGCGACAACCCCGAAGACUUACAGAAGAGUGAUCCCUUGGCUGCCCAGAUCUGGAAACUGUACACUCGAACAAAGACUUCCCUACCAAACCAGGAGCGGAUGGAGAAUCUGACGUGGCGCAUGAUGGCCAUGAGUCUAAAACGCAAGGAACGAGAACAAGCUCGGAUAUCGCAAGCCCAAAAGGAUACCACUAGUCCCAACUCGAGCGGCAUCGCCCAGUUGCGUCUAUCGGACCAAACCACCAAUAAUUCGCCCGAUCAUCAUGCUGACAUGAACAUGGAUGCGACGCCCGACCCGAUGAACAUUGACGAUUUUAUCGUCCCCUUUGAUUCUCCCGCAGAAUAUGCCUCCCACCCCGCUGCCGACCGACACUUUAAUGCGACUCCCACUGCAUCAAUCCCCAUCAAAGCGCGCAAGGACCAUCCCGUGAACGAUUCGGCCGCUGCCGCGUCAUUCCCCCACCCGCCGUCCGAUCAGCGCAAGAAUAGCGAGUUUGGCUACGUUACCCGUCGAGUGCGCAAGACCAGUGUCGACGAGCGUCAGUUCUUCGCUGGUCUGGCCGUGCCCACUCGCAAGCGACCGGCCGAUUCAUCGCCCCAGGUUCCCCCCGUUUCGAACACGAUGCUGGCGCAGCAUUCCGAGUUAUCCUCCACGCUUCCCGACUACUCCUUGGACCAUCCACCCCCAGCCUUUGCCAUGCCUGGAAACGGCACCCUAGGCGGGCGUCGUCCUCAGCACCACCACACCUCCAGCAUUCCCUUCAGUCUGGACACUUUCGGUGUCGGCGAAGACCAUGGCAUUCACUCGGCUGGGCCGUAUCAGCAACACUUUACCUUUUCUCCCUCCGAGUCCCCAAUGACUUCUGGCAACCCGUUCUCCAACCUGUAUGCGCAGACGCCAUUGGCAUCGUCCCUCAAUUCGACAGAGUUCUUCUCUCCGCCACCCUCGGGCUAUCAGUCGACCGUGUCGACUCCUCAGCCCAUUUAUGAAGGAGAGCAGUCCAUGUUCUUUAACGAUGUGCCGUCCGCAGAGUCCCAAGCCCAGCGCCGCAUCCCCAAUUACAUCCAGCAACGAACGUCCAACCUGUCGGCAUCGCUGCAGCCACGCCACAUGUUCAACACGACCAACGGCGAGUUUUCGGCCCCCACUGCUGUCACAGGUCCGCCUGCGAACAUGCACCAACCCGGGUUCUCCGUUCCACCACCCCAGCAUGUGGAUCCCACCCAAGUUCUAGGUUCCGGCGAGUUUUCCUCGACCGCCCCGACAACCAGCAUGUUUACGUUUGGUGGUGACUCGGAUAAUGAAGACGACGAUGGUCCCACGUAUGAACGUGGAGGAAUUACAAUGCCGAAUGACUUCCCCUCCAUGGACGACGGUGACAUGAACUCUGGCCUGACCUGGGAUUCUGGGUUCGCUGGAUCGGUCCAGUCACUGCCAGGCUUCAACGGCCCACACCGCAAGCAUGUCACCAUCGGAUCCGUUGAUAUGAUGGAUGGUCCUUCUGAUUGGCAGCACGCUGGCAGCUUGGGCCGUGGACUCGGCUCGGCCGCCUCCGUUAGCGAUGUUCGCAACCGAGAGCAGGACCCCCGUCGUCAGAAGAUUGCUCGCACUGCCUCGACUCCGAACGCUCCAGCACUGCUCCGACAGAGCAUGAACGGAAUCACCAGUGGCCCGCCUACCAACCACCCGUCCCCCAACACGCCUCCCGAGUCUGGUCUUAGCAGCGCAGUGCCAUCACGUCCCGGCAGUCCUGGUGGAUCCAAGAACGGUGACCCCAAUGCCGGCCCGACCACUUGUACCAACUGCUUCACCCAGACCACUCCCCUGUGGCGCCGUAACCCCGAAGGUCAGCCGCUGUGCAAUGCUUGUGGCCUGUUCCUGAAGCUUCAUGGAGUCGUUCGCCCGCUGUCGCUCAAGACCGAUGUUAUCAAGAAGCGCAACCGCAGCAGCGCCAACAGUCUCGCUGUCGGCACUUCUCGCUCGUCCAAAAAGUCAUCCCGUAAGAACUCCAUGGCGCAGGUGCCUUCCAGUCUUGUUGCCUCGCGCACUCCGAAUGGCAACUCUUCCGAGUCCCCUCCUGCCAUGAUUGGAUCUAGCACGAUGGGCAAACCAGGUGUGGUCCCCAUUGCCGCCGCUCCACCCAAGGCUGGACCCCCUGCCGGUGUAGCUUCAGCUCGUGCUGGAGUACAAGUUGCUCCUCGACGCCAGCGUCGUCUGGAGAAGGCUCCGACUGGAUCUGAUCCAGAUCCUGAGGACAGCCCUCGGGCCAACACCUCCGCUGGUCGGUCCAAGGUGGUACCCUUGGCACCCGCCAUGCUGCCUGCAGCCGCCAACCCAGCCAACCACAGUAUUGCUGGUGGUCAGGGUGCAAGCCAAGAGUGGGAAUGGCUGACCAUGAGUCUGUAA